AUGAUUAUCAUUCUUUUCUUCAUUUAUUUUGGACUAUCAUCUCCUAUCUCUGAAUUUACAUUAGAAGCACCAUAUACUACUUUACUUAAAAAUUGGAAAAAAGUUGGUAAAAUAAAUGUGAUUAAUGACACAAUGAUUGAACUUACACCAGACACCCCAAGUGUUUCAGGACUUAUUAUUUCUAGAAAAAGAAUACCUAUUAAAAGCUUUAAAAUGGAAAUUACACUACAAAUAACAUCAAAUAAAGAAGGAAAACAUGCUGAUGGUAUUGCGUUAUGGUUUACACAAACACCAUUAAAAACAGGAAAAGCAUUUGGAGCAUCUAAUAAAUGGAAAGGAAUUAGUGUUAUUUUUGAUACAUUCCAAAAUGGUAAAAUUGAAGUACCAACAGCACAAAUGAUAAUGAAUUUUAAUAAUAAAGAAUAUAAUGGAGAAACAGAUGGAAUUGAUCUUAUGUCUAAGUCAUGUUAUUUUGGGUCAUAUAGAGGAAGUCCAUUUACAGUAUAUUUUGAAUAUAAUCAUGACACUCAUGAAAUUAAUUUAGACCUUCAACAACAAGGAAAAGAAAAAGUUAGUUGUUUUAAAGCAGCAGUAUUUAAAAUGGAUAUUGGUCAAUACUUUGGAAUUAGUGCAAGUAAUGGAGAUCUUAGUGAUAGUCAUCGACUACUUUCUGUUAAAAUGAUUGAUCCAAAAGUUAAAAUACCUAAAAGAAAAGAAUAUAAAACUAAAGAACCAGAAACACAAGAAUUAAAACUAGAACCAAUUACUAAUAAUUUUAAUGAAGAAGAAAUUAAUAAACAAUGUGAUGAUAAUGAAAAAUGUAAAAUGAUAAAAAUAUAUAAUACAAUUGGAAAUAUUUCUGAUGAACUUGCAUUAAAUAUUAAAUUAGCAAAAGAAAGAAAUGAAAUUUUAAAUAAAAUAUAUGAUAGAAUGGAAAAAACAUCAAAAAGUGUAACUUAUUUAAGAAGUAGUGCAACUGUUUUAAAAACAAUUCAUGAUAUUCAAGAUGAUGAAGCUGAUAAAGUUUCAGAUUUCUUUACUUCAAUUGGUGAUUUGAUGGAUAAAAUUACAACACUUAGUCAUUCUUUUUAUUCUUCAAAUAAUCAAUAUGAAAAAGUUAUUUCAUUAACAAUUAAUGAUUAUUUCAUAUUUGGAUUCCAACUUAUUCUCUUUAUUGCAGUUCUUUUUUACACUGUAAUUCUUUAUUCAAAUAAUUUCAACAGAGUAAUUUAA